AUGAUGAAUAAACUAAUAGAAGAGGUCGCUGAGAUCAAAAAACAAAAUAUUAAAAUCCAAAAAUCUAACGUGCAAAUUGAAAAUACCUUGGAAAGCCUAAAAAAUGGUAAUGAAAAUAUGUUGAAAAGAAUACAGCUUCUUGAAAAAGAGCGCUUUGAUCAACAAAACUAUAUAGUCAGCCUAGAGAAGAAAAUAGAGAACAUGCAGCAGACUUCUCGUCCAUCCAAUGUUGAAAUACGAAAUGUUCCAGCGGUCCAGGAAGAAUCGUUUACGGACCUGACGGCCCACCUACAAAAUAUAGGACAAGCACUACAUGUGGAAAUCCAACCCUCGGAUAUACGUGACACUUACCGCAUAGGAAAGAAUAAAAUAAUCGUUGCCGAAUUUCAAUCUGUUCACCUGAAGAAUAAAGUUUUGGCAGCGGCACGCAAAUAUAAUAAAGAUCACAGUGGAGACCAACGACUCAACACUUCCAAUAUUGGCCUUGCAGGGGACCCCACCCCCAUAUACAUAUCCGAGUACCUUGCAGGAAGCAACAGGAAGCUGUUCUACGAGGCCCGAGAAUACGCUAAAGCCAACAAUUACAAGUUUUGCUGGACCGGAAACGGAAAUAUUUACAUGAAGAAGGAUGAGCAAUCGAAAGCGAUUCGCGUAGACUCUGAAAUCACGCUGAACUCUCUCCUAACAAAACAAUGA